CAAGUCACGUGACAGGCUGCCCGCCCCGGCUUGUACAGAGCAGUAGGGGGGGUAAGAAAGCGAGAUACAUUCGCAUCAUGGCGACGCAAGAAGGCAGGAGGCUGCGGUUGCUUCUAUUUCUAACCGCACUGGUGGCCGCUAGUGUUGAGAAGGCGGUCGGGGGGCGGACCUUGCAUGGCCCUAGUGGAUGGAGGGAGCCGGGUGCCAGACUGACCACCGUAAAUGCCCCUUACGUGGGAGACAGGGUCACCAGGCGAACAGAACAGGAGCCUGUAGUUCGGCGGAGGAGGAGGAGCAGCGGCGGCACGGAGCAUCCUGUAAAGGUGUAUGGGCAGGUUAGCUUAGAAGACUCUCACAAUCAAAUUGUUGUCCACUGGGCUGGAGAAAAAAGUCAAGUGAUAGUUGGUUUAACCAGAGAUAGCCUGGCACUUUUGGGACCCAAAAGCAGUAAUGUUUAUGUAUCCUAUGACUAUGGCAAAAGCUUUAAGAACAUUUCCGAGAAGUUCACUGUUCCUGCUGGAAGUGCAAAUACUGCUACGGUGUCUCAGUUCUUUCACAGUCCUGCAGAUAACAAAAGGUACAUCUUUAUCGAUGCCAAUGAGCAAUACUUGUGGAUCAGCAAAGAUUUUUGUGACACUGUUAAUGGCUUUCCUGCGCCCUUCAAGCCAACAGACCUGCUCUUGCACAGCACAGAGCCCAGUCUUGUCCUGGGAUAUGACAAAUUUCAUCCAAAUAAACAGUUAUGGAAGUCUGAGGAUUUUGGCCAGACAUGGACAGUGAUACAGGAGCAUGUUAAGACCUACAGCUGGGGCAUAGCACCAUAUGAUAAAAUCAACACCAUUUAUGUUGAACGUCACGAACCGCGUGGUACAUCAACUGUCUUGCGAAGUACAGACUUCUUUCAGUCCAGGGACAAAACUGAGAUCAUAAUAGAAGAUGUUGAUGACUUUCAGAUCAGAGACAAAUAUAUGUUUGCCACAAAGACUGUACAUCUUCAGGACAGCAAGAAACAACCUUCUGUGCAGUUGUGGGUUUCAUAUAACCGUAAAGCAAUGAGAUCGGCACAGUUUGUGACCAGGCAUCCAAUUACUGAAUAUUACAUUGCUGAUGCAUCAGAAGAUCAAGUGUUUGUAUGUGUCAGCCAUAGCAACAAUAUAACAAAUCUCUACAUCUCUGAAGCAGAAGGUCUCCGAUUUUCACUUUCUUUAGAAAAUGUGCUUUAUUUUAAUCCUGGAGGAGCUGGAAGUGAUACAUUGGUAAGGUAUUUUUCAAAUGAGCCAUUUGCUGAUGUACACCGCGUAAGAGGGGUCAGAGGUGUAUACAUUGCCACCAUCCUUAAUGGCUCAUUUGCAGAAGAGAACAUGCGCUCUGUCAUCACUUUUGAUAAAGGAGGGACCUGGGAGUUUCUUGCGGCUCCUGUUUACAAUGGUUAUGGAGAGAAAGUUCCCUGUGAGUCCUCUAGAGGCUGUUCACUUCAUUUGGCUCAGAGACUUAGCCAGCUGCUUAAUUUCCAGAUACCCAUCAUGCCAAUUCUUUCCAAAGAAUCUGCUCCAGGUUUAAUUGUGGCCACUGGCACAGUUGGAACCGACAUGGCUAGUAAGAUGAAUAUGUAUGUUUCCAGCACUGCCGGAGUUAGAUGGAGAGAGUCGCUGCUUGGACCCCACUAUUACACUUGGGGAGAUCAUGGAGGCAUUCUAGUAGCGAUUGCUCAAGGAGUAGAUACCAACCAAUUAAAGUAUAGCACAAAUGAAGGAGAGACUUGGAAAACAUUUAAUUUUUCUGAUAAAGCCAUGAUAGUAUAUGGACUACUAACAGAACCUGGGGAAAAAAGCACCGUUUUUACUAUAUUUGGCUCUUACACCGAGAGAGGCCAUAGCUGGAUAAUACUACAGAUAAAUGCAAGUGAUGUCCUAGGCGUGCCGUGCACAGACAGUGAUUAUAAACUAUGGUCACCAUCAGAUGAGCGAGGAAAUGAAUGCUUGUUGGGUCGUAAAACUGUUUUUAAAAGACGGACAGCACACGCUACAUGUUUUAAUGGGGAAGACUUUGAUAGGCCAAUUACAGUAUCAAACUGCUCCUGCACACGAGAGGACUUUGAAUGCGAUUUCGGCUUUAAACUAAGUAAAGACUUGUCAUCAGAGCUUUGUGUUCCUGACCCUGAAUUUGCUGGGAAACUCUAUCCUAUCCCUAUUCCUUGUCCUGUGGGCACCACUUAUACAAGGACCAAAGGUUACCGUAAGGUUUCUGGGGACACUUGUUCUGGAGGGGAUGUUGAAAACCGUCUGCAGGGUGAAGAGGUCCCUUGUCCUGUGGGAGAGGAAAAUGAAUUUAUUUUAUAUGCUAUGAGGAACUCUAUAUAUCGUUAUGACCUUUCAUCUGGGAUCAACGAAGAACUUCCUCUAAAGGGACUCCAUGAUGCAGUGGCUUUGGACUUUGAUUAUCAGAGCAAUUGUUUAUACUGGGCUGAUGUCACUCUAGAAACUAUACAGCGCCUUUGUUUGAAUGGGAGCUCUAGUCAAGAAGUCAUCGUAAGAAAUGGUUUGGAAACUAUUGAAUCAUUGGCUUUUGACCCACUCAGCCAGCUACUUUAUUGGGUAGAUGCUGGAAUGAAGAAAAUAGAGGUUGCCAGCGCUGAUGGAGAUUUGAGACUCACAAUUUUGAAUUCAACUGUUCUUGAGAGGCCCAGGGCUUUGGCUUUAGUACCCAAAGAAGGACUGAUGUUCUGGACUGACUGGGGAGAUGAGCGGCAUGGCAUCUACAGAAGUGAAAUGGAUGGCUCCUCCGUGAAACAUCUGAUAUUUGAGGGUAUUAAGUGGCCAAAUGGUAUAUGUGUAGAUGAGCAGUGGAUAUACUGGACUGAAGCAUACAUGGAUCGAAUUGAAAGAAUUGAUUUUAAUGGUCAACAGAGAAUGAUUAUCUUGGAUAAUCUUCCUCAUCCUUAUGCAAUAGCAGUCUUUAAGAAUGAAAUAUACUGGGAUGAUUGGUCACAACUUAGCAUUUUUAGGGCUUCAAAGUAUAAUGGUGCCCGAAUGGAAGGCAUAAUUGGCAGAUUAACAGGAGUGAUGGACAUGAAAAUAUUUUAUAAAGACAAAGCAACAGGGCACAACGCUUGUGUUUUAAAGCCUUGCAGCCUGUUAUGCCUUCCUAAAGCCAACAACAGCAAAAUCUGCAGGUGUUCUGAGGGUGUGAAAGGCACUCCACUGUCUUCUGGUGACAUACAGUGUGAUUGUCCGCAAGGUUACCUGUUAAAAAACAAGACCUGUGUAAAACAAGAAAACACAUGCUUGCCCAGCCAAUACAGAUGCUCUAAUGGGAACUGUAUUAAUAGUAUUUGGCAGUGUGACACAGACAAUGACUGUGGAGACAUGAGUGAUGAGAAAAACUGUCCAACUACAACAUGUGACCCUGAGGCACUGUUCAGAUGCCAAGGAUCUGGAGCCUGCAUCCCAUUGUCUUACAAAUGUGACCUCGAGGAUGACUGCGGAGACAAUAGUGAUGAGAGUCACUGUGAAGCUCAUCAGUGUAAAGAAGAUGAAUUCAACUGUAGCUCUGGGAUGUGUAUCCGCUUAUCUUGGGUGUGUGAUGGUGACAAUGACUGUAGGGAUUGGUCUGAUGAAGCAAACUGUACAGCAAUAUCCCAUACCUGUGAGGCCACCAGUUUCCAGUGUCAUGACAGCCACUGCAUUCCACAAAAAUGGGUUUGUGAUGGUGACACAGACUGCCAAGAUGGGUCAGAUGAAGAUCACAGCAUUUGUGAAAAGAAAUGUAAUGGCUUUCAGUGCCAAAAUGGAUCUUGCAUCCCUUCAGUUAAGCACUGUGAUGGAGUUAAUGAUUGCCCAGAUGGAGCAGAUGAACAGCAAUGUGAGCCCCUGUGUACUCGUUAUAUGGAUUUUGUGUGUAGGAAUAGGCAACAGUGUUUAUUUCACUCCAUGGUGUGCGAUGGUGUAAAACAGUGCCGUGAUGGUUCUGAUGAGGAUCCACAAUAUGCUGGAUGUUCCCAAGGCCCUGAAUUUCAAAGGACAUGUGAUCCUCACAGCUUUUUGUGCCAGAAUGGUGUCUGCAUUAGUUUGGUCUGGAAGUGUGAUGGGAUGGACGACUGUGGUGAUUAUUCUGAUGAAGCGAAUUGUGAGAACCCAACUGACAUUCCAACAUGUUCCCGGUACUACCAAUUUCCAUGUCAAAAUGGUCACUGCAUACCCACAAGGUGGAAAUGUGAUCAUGAAAAUGACUGUGGAGACUGGUCAGAUGAAAAAGAUUGUGGAGAAACGAUUCCUCAGACAACAUCAAGACCUGCAACCUGUCCAUCCAAUCACUUCCGUUGUGAUAAUGGUGUUUGCAUCUUGAACACAUGGGUUUGUGAUGGAUACAAAGACUGCAUACAUGGAUCUGAUGAGGAGGGGUGUCCAGCAUCAGCAAACAAAACGGUGGUACCUACUAUUUUACCACAUGGACAAUGCAGCCAGUUUGAGUUUGAGUGCAAAAAAUGGAAGGACUGCAUACCGAGCUGGAGGCAUUGCGAUGGAAAUAGGGACUGCAGGGAUGGCACUGAUGAACUAAACUGCCCUACCCACAAACCUUCUCUGUGUGUUAAUGGAUCUCUCUGUGAGGAUGGAGAGGCUUGCAUUGCAUUGCUGGAUUUCUGUGAUGGAUUCCUAGAUUGUUCAGAUGGCAGUGAUGAAAAUAACUGUACAGAUGACACCAUAGUGCAAAAAGUUCAGAAUUUGCAGUGGACAGCUGAUUUUACAGGCAACAUAACUCUGAUGUGGACUCGUCCAAAGAAGAUGCCACAGUCUUCUUGUGUUUAUAACAUUUAUUACAGAAUUGUUGGGGAGAGCACAUGGAAGAGCUUGGAAACCCAUAGCAACAAAACAGUCUAUGUUCUAAAAAUAUUGAAACCAGACACAACAUAUCAAGCUAAAGUCCAAGUCCAGUGUCUAAGAAAGGCAUAUAACACCAAUGAUAUUAUUACUCUGCGGACACCUGAAGGAGUUCCUGACCCACCACAGCAUCUUCAGCUCUCUAUAAUGAAAGAUGAAUUUGGGAAUAUUUUUGGCUCAUGGACAGCUCCAGCUAAUGCCCAUGGUUUAAUUCGGGAAUACAUUGUGGAAUAUAGUAUGAGUGGUGUAAAAGAAUGGACCUCUCUAAGUGUAACAAGCAACAAUGUUCUAAUUAAAAAUCUGCCCAGGAACACAAUGUAUGCAGUCAGGGUUGCAGCAGUCACGAGUCGAGGUGUAGGAGACUGGAGUGAAACAAAAUCCAUAACAACUGUCCAAGGAAAAGAUAUCCCAGUCCCCACUAUAAAAAUUCUGAGCUUCAAUGAAGAUUCUAUAACUUUCAACUUAAAAGUGGACUCUGAAAUAUCAGUAAACUAUUAUUUUGUAUCAUUUGUGUGGGAGUUUGACACACAUGUGCAGGAAAGAAGAACACUGAAAUUUGAUGGAAAGACCAAAGACUUUAAAGUUGGCAACCUAACUGCCCAGACAUCCUAUGAAAUUUCUGCAUGGAUUACAACUAUCAUUGGGGACAGUUCUGUAUCUUUUGAGCACUUUGUGACACAGGGUUUGAAACCAGCAGCUCCAAGUCUUAAAGCCAAAGCCAUCAAUCAGACAACUAUUGAAUGCAACUGGUCUGGAGUAAAAAAUGUGACCUACGGAAUUUUCUAUGCAACAUCAUUUUUAGAUCUGUACAGAAAUCCAAAGAAUGUCACCACGACUCUCCACAAUGCCACAGUUAUUGUCAACAGAGAUGAACAGUACUUAUUUUUGGUGCGAGUCAUUUCUCCUUAUCAAGGCCCACCUUCAGAUUUUGCAGUAGUUAAAAUGAUUCCCGAUAACCGAUUGCCACCUCGCCACCUUCAUGUAAUUCAGACUGACAAAACUUUUGCUGACAUCAAGUGGGAAUCUCCUUAUGACUCACCCGAUGUCAAAAUGGCCUAUGCUGUGGCAGUAAAGGAUUUAAUACGAAAAACUGAAAUCAGCUACAAGGUUAAUACACAGAACAGUACAAUAGAGUACAGAAUAGGAAACCUGGAGCCUGGUGGAAAAUACAGCGUGACUGUCCAGCUACGUAACAUGAGCAAAGAAUCAACAAUAAAAGUCAGCACAGUACCAUUAUCUGCACCAGAGGCAUUAAAGCUCAUCAGUGAAAGUGACCACAUACUGCUUUUUUGGAAGAGUCUGGCACUUAAGGAAAAGAAGUUCAGUGAGGAUAGGGGUUAUGAGAUUCACAUGGUUGACACAACAUAUAAUAUAACCACCUUUCUUGGAAAUACAACUGAAAAUUUCUUCAAAAUUUCAAACUUGAAGAUGGGCCACAAUUAUACAUUUAUAGUUCAAGCCAGGUGUUUAUACAGUGGGCAAAUAUGUGGCGAUCCAGCAGUUGUCCUGUAUGAUGAACUAGGAGUGGAUCCAUUAUACUCUAAAAGUGUGCAAUCCACAGACGUGGCAGCAAUAGUUGUUCCCAUUUUGUUCCUGUUGUUGGUAGCAACUGGCUUUGGGUUUGUCAUAUUGUACAUGCGUCACAGAAGGCUUCAGAAUAGCUUUACAGCCUUUGCAAAUAGUCACUACAGCUCACGUCUGGGAGCUGCCAUCUUUUCAUCAGGGGAUGAUAUUGGUGAUGAUGACGACGCACCAAUGAUAACUGGGUUUUCUGAUGACGUUCCAAUGGUCAUAGCUUGAAACUGUUUUUUUAUUUCAAAAGCCAAAUGAUGUAAAUAUUUUAUUUUAGAAUAUUUGUGAAUUUUUGUUUUUUUAUUAUAUUUUAAAAUGCACUUUGAGUUGCAAUGUUAUUUUUAUAAGGGCCCACAACUUUGUAGUACUCAACUGUGAAAUGCAAAAAUAUGAAUGUUUAUUUACCAAAUUGUAACAGCACUCGGUACUUUGAUUACAUUUUAAAGCCUUCACCUGUGUUUUUUUUUUUUUUUUUUUUUAUUCAUGUAACAAUUUUUGCAUAUGGAGCCCUUAAUUUACUUGGAGUGUCAACUGACCCCUUCUUAAUUAUGCAACCAGAAUAACAGUUAUGUCUGCAAUCUGGCAAUACGUACACAUAAUUCCCAUAUUAAUUUUAUAAACAGAAAGGAAAUUGCAUAUGCAGUUCUUGCCACUAUUUUUUUAGGAGGGCUAGUCUAUCUAUAAAAUACAUUUUCCAAAAUAUAUAAUUUUUUUAUCAACAAGAAUAGAGUGUGUAAUCUCUUAAAGGGUUGAUAUCACAUUUUUUUAUUUUAUUUAAUCUUCCCCUUUUAAAAAAUUUCAUCAGUGCAGUUUUUUGUGCACAUUUUAAAACUACUAUAGGAUUUUCCCUACCCUUGCUAUGUUUUCAUAUGUCAUCCACUCGCUUAGGAAUCAUUUUUUUGGUCCCUCCUGAUUGCAGCAGUGUAAGCAAGGGUCACUGGCUUCAUGGCAUCAUCAUCUUCAGGAUGCAGGGGAGGUUUAUUUGAUUAUGAUUUUUCCCUCUAAGGCAGUGUUUUGUCUUAGUUUGACUUAUGCAGCCAAAUAUCUCCCAAACAUGCAGAGGUCCGAGUUUUUAAGUGAUAAUUGCUGCUGUGUGUGCCAUAACUCUCAUUUCAUUUCAUAGUGUCAUUGCUUUAGAUUUCAUAACGCAGUACUGAUGUAAUUUGUAACCCACGCUUCUUAAGACAUGUUUGACCAGUUGUGUUAUACGUGUCUUUCAAUUUCAGAGAAAAAAUACCAGAAUAUAAUAAGAGGCCACACUCUUGUGGCUGUUAUUUAUUUUACAUUUUUUCCUUAGCUUUGAAUACACAUGAAGGAAAAAAUACAUGCCGAAUAAUAUGUUUCUAGGGAUUUAAUACAAGUUACUUUUGAACUUAAUCCUUGUUUUUUGCACUGUCUGAUUAUUCAUUCGUUGGUCAGUUUCAGGUCAUUUCAAUAGCUUGCCAUUGUCUUGUUUGCUGUUACUUUUACUCGUUUCCUUUUAUAGAGUUUAAAAAAUGUUUUCCUGCUUUCCUGGUACUUUACUUUAUCACACAGUAGAGAAUGUAUUUAUUUUGUUGUUAAGUAUCUGACACAUUGUCUGGAUUAAUGACAAGUUUGCCUUCAGUUGAAACACUAGCUGCCUUAAUUGUAUUUUUUUUUAGUUUUAGGCAACCAAUAGCCUGCCAAAAUGUAGUUCAGAUUUUUUUUAACUGCUUAUAUUCACUGACACUUUCCUGACCAUCAUAAAAAUGGAUUUGGGAAUUUAUCAAACUAAACCAAUAACAUUGAUUUAGAAUGGAUCCUUCUGAAUCUUAGGUCAGUAACUUAGAAGAACAUCCAUUGUUUAUUUGAUUAACAGAUAAAAACAACAUUGCCCAUAGCCUACUAUGGGAUUUCACAUCUGAGUUGAUAAGUCCCUAAAGGCUAUGGAAAAAGGAAAAUAUUAAUUCUGAUUUAACAGACCAAAAUGGCAUAUUAAAUUGUUCAGAUUCAAUAAGCCAAUUUGAUUGAUCUGUUAUAAUUAAAAUUAAAUUCCCUAAAAAUACAAAUUGACAUUAAUCCUUCGGCAAACCCUGCAGGAUUCCAAAUUCAAGCUUUGAUAAAUCUGUUCCAUAGAAGAUGAUUUGUAAAACCAAAUAAAGAAAAUUAAGUGUUUAGCAUUGUAAAUCUUUUCAUUAGCUUACAAUAUUAGAAUUAUAUUAUGUUCUAAUGGCUUAAAAUACCACUAACUUCUCUUUUCAAAUUGGAGGCUGAAUUUAUUUAUAAAUCACCAUCCAUGUGUGAUGAUGUUUUGUUUCUUUCAACAAUCCUUGAAUAUGAAUGACAUUGGAGAAUUUUCUAUAUGUAAUUUUAACUUCAGCAAAAAUACAAAAUGCUAGUUUUAUUUCUAAAUCUAUCUUGGCAAAUAAUUUUGCUAUAAAUAUUGCCUGUGAUCUUGUUUAUAUUUUUAUGACAUUUAAAGAAUCUAUUCACAACUCAUAGUGAUGACUGUUGAAUAUAGAGAUACUAUUUUUUCACUCACUAUUAUACAGGACAUGAAGUAACUGUUGUGUAACUUGUCCUAACUUGUUCUAUUUCACACUGUGAUUUCAUAAUAAAGGCUUGGUAGUAUAGCAUGGCAAUGAGGGAGCAGUGGAUGUUUAUAGACUUGGAUUCAAUUUAAACUGUGUAAAAUUAUACUGUUACAUUUAUGGUGCCAGGUACCCGGGUAUAUAUUUUUCCAAUUCUUUUGUGGAAAACCUUACUUUUCCAUUAGAUUUACUUACUACUGUACAUGUACUAUGUCUAAUUUCCUUGCAAAAUCGGCUACAGUUCAUUGUAGUAGCCCCUUCUCCGAUCCCACCCCAUGCAUGAUAUAGAGAGGGCUACUAAAACUGGUGUUUUCUCUCAUGCCCGUUUUGAGAAAAUUAUGCAUAUGUCUAGAGACGGUAAGAUCUUCAUGUUUAAAAUUGUAAAGUAAUUGACUUUUAUGCUGCUAUAGCUAGCUGCUGCUUACUUGACACUUUAUGGUGUUUUGAUGAUUCUUUCAGCUCUGUUUAAUAAUUAUUGUAGACAUGUUGGGUUUUAAUUGAACAUAUUCAGUGAAUACUGGCUCUUAUAUUGCAUCUUUUGGGGUUUUUUUCGGGGAACUCAUUAAAAAGCAAAGCAACAGAACUGUUGUUGAUGUUUAAUAAAUCUGUUUCACAAAUAUUUUUUCUGUAAUUUUUUUUAUAUUUAAUUUUGUACAAAUUUCAGAGUUCUCCUUUUUCCUGCUGUAAAUAACUCCUUCAUGAUGUGAGUCCUAUGAUUAUGUUUAUAGAGGUGUGUAAAAUGUUUAACGGCAAAAAUGGUGUAAAAAGUGAUGUAAAAUAAAAGUUGUAUUUAUAAA